UCAUUCUUAGUAAGAAUCGAAACUCACCGAGCUAUAUUUUCAUUUUGAAAAAUAACCUUAAACAUAGGCUUGGAAUUGUUUGUUGAUUUUACGUGUUGAUAAGGUUCAAAGUUUUCGUUGACGUUCGGCGUUUUCUCAAUAAACUUAUAAUCGCCGAUAACGUCGCACGUUGAGAGAUCGCUCUCUCUUGUCUCGAAGUCAUCCUUACUUUCGCCAUUAUCGUGAACGAUUACAAUAUCGUUUUGGCUCUCUUCCAAUUCUAUCACUUCAUCGUCGGUAUCCACAAUAGUGAUCGUGGAAUUCAUAGAGAUUCAAUGGCGCGCCAAUAAUCUUAAUUUUUGGAACUCGAUGCGAAAAGAAGGACUUGCGUAAACAAUUAGAAACAAUACACGCGAUGCGUUACGAACUGAAUUAAUAAAAAGAAAGAUUACACUUAUUUUGAUUUAAUUUAAUACCUUUGUUUAAUUUUAUUCCCACUAGCGUUACUUUUUAUCCGCCAUUUUGGAUUGAAUCAACAGACGUUUGACUUUACCGACUUUACCAACAUGCAGGAUAGCCAACAUAAAUAUAAUAAUAAAUAGUUCUGUUAGUUGUUUAUAAAGACGAAAUUAUUAAUAAGUGACUUUUGUAGAUGGAAAUAAAUGUUGAUGUUUUAGAAAAAAAAUAUUUUAUAUUUUGAUGCAAGUGUUAUAUGAUUUAUCACGUGAAUUGAAACUAAGUCGGUGGAAUUAUCGUAGUUCUUUUUUUUUUUUCUUUUUUUUUUUUCGACUAAUUCUACAAAAUGCCCUUUUUGAAAUGUUUAAAAAUUUCUUCUAGUAAAGAGCAAUCGGAAAGAACCAAAAGAAAUGGAUUACGGUUUUCCAUAUAUAGUCCACAAAAGAAAGUUCUUUUCAAGGCACAUUAUAAAGGCGAAUGGAAGGAUGAUAGGAAACACGGCAAGGGUAUAGAAGUAGACAGAAAUGGUUGGAUGUACGAAGGUCAUUGGUUUUGUGAUCGAAAGCAUGGUUAUGGAGUAUUGAGUAAAAUUUCAAAGGACGGUAGCGUUUGUAAAGUAUAUGCGGGUGAUUGGAUGAUAGGAAAAAAGGAAGGUUAUGGUAAUUUCACUUACGAUAAUGGUGAUUAUUAUGAAGGGGACUUUCAACGUAACAAACGUCAUGGUCAUGGCCGUAUUUGGUACAAAAAUGGCGAUUAUUAUCAAGGCUUUUGGAAAAAUGAUUUUCCACAUGGCAAGGGGAUGCUCAUUAAAGGAAAUGGAAAUCGAUACGAGGGUAAUUUCGUCGAUGGCAAGAAAAACGAAUUCGGUACAUUUUAUCAUUUAGAUACCGGCCAAUGUCAAUAUGGUUAUUGGUCAAACGAUUCUUGCGUUGAUAGUAUAAUGCGAGAUAUUAGUUGGCGACAAUCGGCUUUGCAUCCAACCGCAUAUGCAAUACCGAAAAUAAAUAUAUCGACGAUAUGUUAUUGACAUUCGAUUCAAUUAACUUUUCAUAAUCGUUAAUUAUAAUCAAUGAAUUAUUCGAUUGUUAAAUGACGAUGAUAAUUUUUCUUUUUUUUUUUUUUUUUUUUUCUUUUUACAUAAUAACAAGCAAAACUUCUUUAAUAAUAAUAUCGGCUUUUCAUUACAUAUAUGUGCGAGGAGGAAAAUCAUGCUUUCCCAUUUAGAAACUUUGUUCUUCGAUUGCUCUUCGUAUAAUCACGAAACGUCCUUACUUUCGCGUUAUGCCAUUAACUAGUUUGAAAUUGUAUUAAAGCUAUCGUUACGAGUAGCAACUCGUAUGAUUUUCCAUGUAUGCUUCAUUAAAAUGAAGAAUAAACAUUUCCAAACAUGGUUCUGAUUCUCUCUCUCUCUCUCUUCUCUCUUCUCUCUCUCU